GCCCUUUCCAACAGUGUGAGCUCUAGCAAGUUGUUCUCUAGCAGCACAGCUCCACAUGAAACAUCAUUUGGUGAGGAAGUAGAGGUACACAAUCUGCUCAUCAUAGAUCAGCAUACAUUUGAAGUACUCCAUGCUCACCAGUUCCUGCAGAAUGAGUAUGCACUAAGCCUGGUCUCCUGCAAAUUGGGCAAAGAUCCCAACACUUAUUUUAUUGUGGGAACAGCCAUGGUGUAUCCUGAUGAAGCCGAACCCAAGCAAGGCCGUAUUGUGGUGUUCCAUUACUCUGAUGGUAAAUUGCAGAGUCUGGCUGAGAAAGAAGUAAAGGGGGCCGUCUAUUCCAUGGUGGAAUUCAAUGGAAAACUCUUAGCCAGCAUAAACAGCACGGUGCGACUGUAUGAAUGGACAGCAGAGAAGGAGCUUCGCACAGAAUGCAACCAUUACAACAACAUCAUGGCACUCUAUGUGAAAACAAAGGGUGACUUCAUUUUAGUUGGAGAUCUUAUGCGCUCCGUACUUCUACUGGCCUAUAAGCCCAUGGAAGGAAAUUUUGAAGAG